UGCCCAGUCAGUACACGGUGCACGCCUUCUCUGUUGUGCUACAGCAGUUGCACCUUGAUAAGCAAGCUGCCGCCUCGUUCUUGUCAAGUCUCUUGCCAUCGUGUCGAUUGUCGAGUCUUGCAUCCCUUCGUCAAGGGCUCCCAAUAACGGGCUCUUGCUUUCCCCUUCCCUUCCUUUGUCGUUCCCCUCCCGUGGCCGGCUCCAGGAGAGGAAAGCACGGGUCAAGUACAGUACCCGCAGCCAGACAUCGUUCGCCAACUGACGUGAAUGUCCAGGAUGAACCGCCAUUCCGGAACCGACGAGCGGCGGGCCGGCGACGGCUGUAACCAGAGUCCUCCGCAGUUCUCAGACCACUUGACGACAAAUCAGGACCUCGAUGGCAUCUCUAACACCAGAGCCAUGCUUAGAGAGGAACACCCUGCAAUGACAGAUUCAGGGGAGGCCGAUCCCCCGGGCCCCGUCUCGCUGGAUGGUUCGAGCAAGACAGGGGCUGCGGCAGUCGCCGAGCCACGCGCACCUGCCGCUACCAUUAUUUCGGCAACCGAGGCCCGGCAGGUUGGGACUUUCGAUCCGGAUCCGGGUGAACAGGACGAGCAUUCGGUUGUCGCGGCGGGAGGGCCCAACGGUGACGAGACAUCGCCAUCUGCAUCCUGGCUAGGCCGAGCCAAACAUGCCAUCUUGACCUUUGCCAAGUUCAUUGGACCCGGGUUCAUGGUGGCUGUUGCGUACAUUGACCCGGGGAAUUAUGCCACUGAUGUAGCAGCGGGGGCUUCCUACCAGUUCCGCUUGCUCUUCAUCGUCUUGCUCAGCAAUAUCUUUGCUAUCUUCCUCCAGAGCCUGUCCAUCAAGUUAGGCACCGUUAGCGGGCUCAACCUUGCAGAGGCCUGCCGGGCCUUCUUGCCUCCCUGGCUGAACUAUGCGCUGUACUUCAUGGCCGAGGCGGCCAUUAUCGCGACGGACAUUGCUGAGGUGAUCGGAACGGCGAUUGCGCUGAAUCUCCUGAUACCACAGAUCCCGCUCGUGGCGGGUUGUGCGCUCUCCAUUCUGGAAGUGAUGCUCAUUCUUGUGUUCUACCGCCCGAGCGGACCGAUGCGAGGGCUACGACUGUUCGAGUACUUCGUCAUGGUCCUCGUCUUGGCCGUCGUGGUCUGCUUCUGCAUCCAGCUCUCCCUCAUCCAAAACACGACCCCACGGGAAGUCUUCCGCGGCUACCUCCCCUCUAGCGUCUUAGUCGAGCGAACCGCGCUGUACCAGGCCUGCGGCAUCCUCGGCGCGACGGUCAUGCCGCACAGCCUCUACCUUGGCUCCGGCAUCGUCCAAGCCCGCCUGUACGAGUACGACCGCAAAGCCGGUCUCCUCCCCCCGACGCCCGUGGAGUCCCCGGCCCCUUCGGUCCUCAACAACAGCGACGGCGACGGCCCGAGAAAGGAGUACAUCCCCUCGCUCGCCGCCGUGCAGCACUCGCUCAAGUACUCGGUCGCCGAACUGGCCGUCUCCCUGUUCAGCUUUGCGCUGUUCGUCAACAGCGCCAUCCUGAUCGUCGCCGGCGCGAGCAUCUACUCCACGCCCGGUGCCGACCUCGAGGCCGACCUCUUCGGCAUCCACGACCUGCUGUCCGCGUCCAUCGCGCCCGCGGCGGGGACCGUCUUCGCGCUCGCGCUGCUGUUCUCGGGCGUCAGCGCGGGGAUCGUUUGCACCAUCGCCGGGCAGAUGGUCAGCGAGGGCGCGCUCAACUGGUCGCUACGCCCCUGGCUGCGCCGGCUUGUCACGCGGUCCAUCAGCAUCACGCCGAGCAUCAUCAUCGCGGGCGCCGUCGGCAGGGAGGGGCUGAACGCCGCGCUCAACGGCAGCCAGGUGGCGCUGAGCGUGGCGCUGCCGUUCGUCUCGGCGCCCCUGAUCUACUUCACCUCGGUGGAUCGCUACAUGAUGGUGCGGCCGGGCCUGGCGAGGUAUGGGGGGCGCUACGGGAGCGUGUCCGGGGAGUCCGGGCGGGGCGGCGCCGCAGAGGAUGUUGCUACGGUGCGGGGUGCUGGGAGUGGUAGUAGUGGUGGUGGUAGUAGCAGUAGUAGAAAUGGUUUGUGGGGCAGGAUCAAGGCUUGGCCGGCUUUGCAUCGUCCCUGUCAGCGUUCUGCUUCGGAUCGAGACCGAGGCGCCGUCCGGAUGGCGAACAACUGGCUUGUGGCGUCGUUUGGGGUGGUGGUCUGGCUCAUCAUCGCAGUCAUGAACGUCGCCAACUUAGUGUUGCUCGGUAAAGGAGCUUAGGUAGGUGAUUUAUUCACAGUGAUACACACACAGCAACCAUUUCUGCCAUAGAACCUUUGGAUAACACUGCUGGCUUGUCUUACAACUGAGGUAGCUCUUUAUGUGGCUCGUUCUCACCAACGUGAGAUCUC